AUGUCAUCAUCAACCACCAGCAUUUUCGAUGAAGCUCUAGCCCCAACGGCUACAGCUACAACUCCCGCAGUGGUGUUAUACGACGAAACCUCUGGACGCAAUUGGCACGCCGCCCAAAAAUUGCUCACCAUCCUCACUGCCAUCACGCUUGCUCUCACCUCUUGUAUCCUUCUCUCGCUCUUGGCCAAGUUCCUUCGGGACCGGAAGCGAAAGGAGAGGUACGGGCAGGCUUACAAGAAGGGGGCUCAUGGGAAUGAUGUGCCCGUUAUGGCAGUCCGGGAGUGA